UCGUCUUAGAAUGGAAACGAACGAAUCGACGUUGUUCACAGAGGGUGACAUAGCGCUAAAAUAAAACAAGACAAACUUUUGGAGAUUGCAUUCGCGUUCGCGCCCUAACAUGCGCGGCGAGUGCUGUCGUUACGAUAAGGCGAAGACGUCUUCGUUGUGGUUUUGAUCGCCGCGUUGUCCAGAGUCCGACAGUCCCUGAACGCAGCAGCGGUAGUGCGAGCGGGUGCACUAGACGCUGUCUUAGUUAGCAGCGUGUGCUGCUUGUGAGUGUACUAGCGCUAGUGUACUGUGUCAAGUCAGUGUACUUCUACCAUACCAGCUGCUUGGGGCCAUAAGGAGGACAUUGUCGGCCAUAGCCAAGAAGACGCUCUCCCCAUAGAACCCCCCUAGCCAGUGAGCCAUGGUGGACUACUACCACAUUUUAGGAGUGAACAAAAAUUCAACGCCAACUGACGUCAAGAAAGCAUACAGAAAGCUGGCGCUGAGGUGGCAUCCAGACAAGAACCCAGAAAACAAAGAGGAAGCAGAGAAGAAGUUUAAAGAGCUGUCUGAGGCUUAUGAAGUGCUCUCGGAUGAAAACAAAAGGAACAUCUACGACCGAUAUGGAAAACAAGGUCUAGCAGCAGGAGGAGGAAGAGAAGAACGAGGACAUCACAACCACUUUGGCGACUCCAGCUUCACAUUCCGAAAUCCUGAGGACGUCUUCAGGGAGUUCUUUGGUGGCAGAGAUCCGUUUGCUGAUUUCUUUGCCAACGACCCCAUGGACGACUUCAUCGGUCACGGCCGCCACAGAGGGGCGAGCAGAAGCCGGACGGGAGGCGGGCUGUUUGAUUUCGGGGGCUUCCCGUUCCAGUCAGGGUUUAACUCAUUUGGCGACAUGGGCGGCGGAUUCACGUCCUUCACCUCCACCUUUGGCGGCGGGGGGGGCGGCGGCGGCUUGUCCAACUUCAAGUCCGUGUCCUCCUCCACCAAGAUUGUCAACGGCAGAAGGAUCACCACCAAGCGGACGGUGGAGAACGGUCAGGAGCGCGUGGAAGUGGAGGAGGACGGCCAGCUGAAGUCGCUCACAGUUAACGACGUCAGCGUUAACGAUGAAGAGCAGCGUCGGCGCAGACACAACAGUCUACUUCCCAGUGUGGGCGGGCACCAGCGCUACCUCAGAAGCUCCGCCCACAACCCCCCUGAUGAGGAGGAGGAGGAGGAAGAGCACGGACUGGUGAGAGGAGGUCACAUGGACACCAAGAGGAGGAAGAGUUACUACAAGGAGGCGGAGUCUAAAAGGAGAAGAGCCCCACCUCGAUUUUUCUACCCCACAUUUGGCGGAUUUUCCUCUUUUUUUUAGAAAGUUCAACUUUGUUGGUGUUGAUAGCUUUAUGGAGUCAUGCUGAAUGUUACAAAGACUCACAGUGGACAUGUCCAACGAUUGGUUGAGUGUUUUAUUUCGACGCUGUAGUGCAGGGUCGCUGCGGCUCGUCCGCUAGACGUCAUGAGUCCAAUAAGGAGUCGCACCGCGGCCAAAAUUAUUUUUAGCGUCUGAUGCAAUGUCAUUGCAAUCUUGAGGACAAUGUGGCUACAUCAGAUCAUUGAUCAUGAAUUGUUCUUUCAAUGAUGCUCAGCACAGUAUUUACUUAUAUGACACAAACCAAACAACCUUCCCUAGUCAUGGCGUAAAAAAAAAAAGAAGCAACAAACACAGGAAGUCAACACAUGGUCACAUAACACAACCAGCUCAUUGAACUUUGUGGAUAUUCUAGAAAAUGUCCAAACACCAUCAAAAUGUCAAAAUUAGACAGAUUUUAAUCUAUUACAGUGCAAGAUAGGAAAAUGAAAAAACACUCUUCACACUUAUCCAUGUUUGGUGCAUUUUAGCUGCUUGAUAUUUCUGAUUGAAUACAAACCUUUAAGGAGGUUGUCACAGAAGUAAACAAAGUAGCAGUCAAACUUGUACAUACUCUUAAUAUCCAUAUAUAUCCAAUACAUUAAUAUAACAUGUACGUGUAUAUAUAUGUAUAUAUAAUAUAUUUACAGUACAGGGUAAAAGUUUGGACACACCUCCUCAUUCAAUGCGUUUUCUUUAUUUUCAUGACUAUUUACAUUGUAGAUUGUCACUGAAGGCAUCAAAACUAUGAAUGAACACAUGUGGAGUUAUGUACUUAACAAUAAAAGGGUGAAAUAACUGAAAACAUGUUUUAUAUUCUAGUUUCCUCAAAAUAGCCACCCUUUGCUCUGAUUACUGCUUUGCAUACUCUUGGCAUUCUCUCAAUGAGCUUCAAGGGGUAGUCACCUGAAAGGGUUUUCGCUUCACAGGUGUCA